AUUCCUGCCUUGGAGUUGAGUUCACCGCAUAAAGCAGAAUUAUUAGUUAGGCUUGGGGAAGAAGAAAGACCUUGUAGUUCCUAAUUUAAAUAGGCGGACUGUACUGCCGAAGACGGUAAGGAGUGAAACCGUGCGGCUAGGUGAAUCGGAGACGACAUCGUAAGCAAUGUUCAGGAACCAGUACGACACGGACGUGACGACAUGGAGCCCCGCCGGCAGGCUGUUCCAGGUGGAGUACGCUAUGGAGGCAGUGAAACAAGGGUCCGCCGCAAUUGGACUCCGAUCCAAGACCCACGUGGUCCUCGCUUGUGUCAACAAGGCUAACUCCGAGCUUUCUUCUCACCAGAAAAAGAUUUUCAAGGUUGACGACCACAUAGGCGUUGCCAUCGCUGGUCUCACUGCCGAUGGUCGCGUUCUCUCCCGCUACAUGCGAUCCGAAUGUAUCAACUACAACUAUACCUUCGAGUCCCCUCUUCCUGUUGGUCGACUCGUUGUUCAACUCGCUGAUAAGGCCCAGGUUUGUACCCAGCGGUCAUGGAAACGGCCUUUUGGUGUUGGUCUCCUGGUGGCUGGAUUAGAUGAAGCUGGAGCUCAUCUCUAUUACAACUGCCCAAGUGGAAACUACUUUGAAUAUCAGGCUUUUGCAAUUGGGUCGCGCUCACAAGCUGCAAAGACGUACUUAGAACGUAGGUUUGAGAACUUUUCGGGCUCUUCACGGGAAGAUCUGAUUAAAGACGCACUUAUUGCUACAAGGGAGACAUUACAAGGGGAGAAGCUCAAGAGUUCCAUAUGCACAGUUGCCGUGGUUGGAGUUGGUGAGCCGUUCCACAUACUGGAUCAAGACACUGUACAACAGAUGAUUGAUGCUUUUGAAAUCGUGAGGGAGGAGGAGGAAGUUCCGUCAGCUGAAUCUCAGCCAGCAAGUGGGGAGGAUGCUGGCGCUGAUCAAGGUGCUGGUGCAGACCAAGGAAUUGCUCCAAUGGACAUUUGAUGAUUAGGUGGCAUGUUAAUGUGUUGUGGGAUUGUGGAAGACGAGUUUUUCUGAUGGAUUCUUUUCUUAAUCGUUUUUUUUUUUUCCCAUACAACUCAUCAUUGGCUCAUAAUUAUCAACAGUUUCAUGGCAGUUUCUUGUGGUCUUCCUCAGUGGCCGAUUUACUAUCCUGCGCUGGCAAAAACGGUAGGCAGACUGGCUGUGCUUAAUUAUU